GUACGCAGCAUAGAUCUGAAAGCGCUUGAAUUCGCGUUUCGAAUUUUAAAAACUCAAACGAAACCCUCCCUUCAUUUUUCCCUCUCGCCAGAAAAAUCCUCGUCUCUCACCUCACUAACCAACGUUUCAAUCCCCAUUCCAAUGGGCGUGAAGAAUUUAUGGGACAUCCUCGAAUCGUGCAAGAAAACGGUUCCCCUUCACCACCUACAGAACAAGAGGGUGUGCGUGGACCUCUCGUGCUGGAUGGUGCAGCUUCACAGCGUCAGCAAGUCGCACGCCUGCGUCAAGGAGAAGGUGUACCUCAAAGGACUCUUUCACCGGCUCAGAGCACUCAUUGCGCUCAAUUGCAGCGUCGUCUUCGUCGCAGAUGGAUCAAUUCCCGCCAUCAAAUUGUCAACCUAUAGGCGUCGCUUAAAUGUUGGAAAGGAGGUAGCACAAAAUGAAACUAACUUACAGAAAGCUACUUCAUUACGGAGAAACAUGGGGUCUGAGUUUUCUUGCAUGAUCAAAGAGGCUAAAGUCUUGGGGAUGGGUCUUGGCAUUGCUUGUUUGAAUGGGAUUGAAGAAGCUGAAGCUCAGUGUGCUUUGUUGAAUUUUGAAUCAUUAUGUGAUGGGUGUUUCAGUUCAGAUUCAGACACAUUCCUUUUUGGUGCAAGGACAGUUUAUAGGGAUAUCUGCCUUGGAGAUGGUGGAUAUGUUGUUUGUUAUGAGAUGACAGAUAUUGAAAGAAAACUUGGAUUUGGAAGGGACUCGUUGUGCUGUCCAAUACAAAUUCAGUUAGAUAUGUGCAUGUCAAGCCCAAAAGAGAAAGUUAGGUCCAUGAACAAUAGGAUUGCUCUCUCCUUGCUUCUUGGCAGUGAUUAUUAUCAAGGAGUUCAUGGUCUGGGUCCAGAGUCGGCGUGUCAGAUUGUCAAAUCGAUUGGGGACAAAUAUGUUCUUAAAAAAUUUGCAUCUGAAGGACUUGAAUGGGUGAAAAAAAGAAAAGGAGGUAAGAAUGAUUUACGGCAAGAUGAUAACAUUUUACAAGUCAUUAAUGCUUAUAUGAAGCCAAAAUGUCACCCAGCAGAUUCAGAUAUUGUACACAAGGCUCUUGCUCAAUAUCCGUUUCAACGUACUGAACUCCAGCAGAUAUGUGCUGAGUUCUUUCAGUGGCCUUCAGAGAAAACAGAUGGGUAUAUUCUUCCAAGUAUAGCUGAAAGAGAUUUACGACGAUUUGCCAAUUUGCGUUUAACUUCAUCUGAAGUUGGAUUGAACCUUCCUUUACAUGAGAUCCCUGUGAAGUGUCCUGUGUCAGAAGUCAUUAAGAGUCGAAAAGUUCAAGGGAGAGAAUGCUAUGAGGUUUCUUGGGAAGGAAUGGACGGACUUGAAAAUUCAAUAGUACCCGCAGAUCUUUUAGAAAGUGCCUGUCGUGAGAAGAUUUUGGUGUUCGAGGAAAGAAAAGCUCAACGGAAGAAACAGAAUAUUCAUAAAAGAAGACCAAAGAAAAAGGAAUCUACGUCAACUCUGGCUGAGCUUGAUCUAAAACUUCAGAAUUUGUUGCUUGAUGAUAAUUUGAGAGACCAAGCCAACUUCAAUGCCUCUGAUACUUCAGGGAGGAUAUCUAGGAUUACAACUACUAUUGCUGAAGCUGAUCCGUUGCAUCUAUCACAUGACAUAGAACACACUGGGUUGAUUCAGAAUAUUAGCAACACUGAUAGCAAUGAGGCGGUUUCCAGUGUAGAUAAAAACGAGAUCAUAGAUCUUCUGAGCCCUUCCCCACCAAAGAAAUCCAAUUUUUCCUCAAAAUGCCAGCAAUCAAGUGACCAACAUAUUGAAGUGAUUAAUUUGAGUGAUUCAGAAAAUGAUAUGUCCGUUGAACACAAGCAGAAAGUGAAGGAGCUGAGAUUGUUCUUAGCUAGUAUUAGGAAUGAUAUUCAUUGAAAAGCAACUUUUGUACAUGAGCAGAUUUUAUUAGUGUAGUUGAGGUGAACAUUGACUAGCGGUAUGAUCAACGUAGUCCUUAAAAGGUUGAGACAGUCCUCAACUUUUAAGAUUUUUAGGAUGUAUCAAUUAUGUAACAUUUUAUUCUCAAUAUUAGAAUCAAUUGUGCCCCUUUGUGCAAUUGAGAAAAUAGU